UGGGGUCGGCUGACAGUCGAACCGUGCUUCAGUCGGCCGGCGAACUCGCGUGCCGAGCCUUCGUUCCCGGUGACGUUCCUCGUCGUCGACGGCGACGACAUCGCGAAACGUUAGCUCGUUCCGUGAGGCGACACGACGCGAACGACGUCGACGAGGGCGCACAUCUUUUACCUCUUAGAGACCGCGAUGUCGCGUUUUUCAUUUGCGUUACCAUCGUCGACAGAGGCUCGCCCCGUCCCCGUAAAAAGUACGGUACGUCAUUCGUAAAGUCUGAAGAGGUUCUCCCAAGUGCCGGUAGACACUUAAACCGAAAGUGCACUCGUUUACGAGGAUGCGUAAUAGAAGAGUGACCGAAGUUCCGGACGAUGAAUGUCCAUUUUCGUCGACGGGAUUAUGAAGUAUUUGACCGUACCGGUUGGCACGCGAAAACUUUGUCGGUGUUCAGUGGAUGGAGUGGCGUUCCCGGAUAGUGUAAUGUGUAGUGCGUAGAACUUAGAGAGCGAACCCUCGAAAUCGUUACGACAAACUCAUUAAGACACCGCCAAGUGUCGAGGAAGAAAAUCCAUUAACUUCUUCUGUUGUUCGCUGCUCGGCGAGGAUCAAUUCCCUUCAUUAAUAACCCGGUGAGUGCCCGGUGGCCGAAGUUCCGUGAAACUUUUUCCACGACGCGCGAUCUUACGACCCAUUAAAGUCCAUUAAGCGUCUGCUUGUGGCACAGCCGUAAGUCGCGAGAUUCGUCGCGGACAUCUUACUCGCUCUCGCGUGCAUCCGCGUGGAAAAUCGUCAUCGCCGCGUAUCGUAAACACAUUCGUGGAAUCGAUAUCGUUCGUUCAUACGAGACGAGAGGCGGCGACGCAUCGCCGAUUAGCAUUAGAGGAAGGUAUACGUUAGUUUGCAGAAUUCGGUGAGCUUUACGAGCGAGAUGGGUCGAUAACGAACUCGUGUGAUAGCUAUCGUUCAGCCGAUGGUUCGCGUCGUUCGGCAAAGAUAUCACGUUCGAUGUCGAGAGCCUAAGGAAAUCGAAAAAGGAAAUCGAAUAGCCCGGUACGGGCAUGGUGUAAUCUAACGUUAACGAGAAACGAGGACUGGUAGUAUCCUGAGGAGGAUCGGUGAAACGUGUUGUCGUCAGUGAAAAAAAGAAAGGACCGGUACAGUUCUCGUUUUUUGUUUUAUUCAACUUCGUUCUCGGACAGUGAAGUGUCGUAAAAACGAGAGGGGAGGAUUACUGAAGAGGGAGAGAGACAAUGUGUGUUAAUUAGAGAGCGGGAGAGGUCGGUGAGAGACGAACAGUCAACCUGACAGCUGCGGCUCGUAGGAGAGGACAAAACCGCGUAAGAAGCUCUGCCCAUGGACAGCUCUGGCACUUUAAGUAACGUCCCCAACUAACAACUAACCACGCUUCGCCCAUCGAAAGGCCUGCCCAUUAAUCGAACUUGAAAUGACUUCCCGUUGAUCUAAAAGAACAGAAAAUAAAUCGCGACCGGCCGUAAUUUUUAAACCGAGAACCGUCGCGCGAAUCGUCGUCGAUUGAGUGGCACGAGCGGUCGUCGCGGUCGUGCGCCACUCGAGGAUCACCGAUCAUGCGAAUUCCUGAAAAUGCGCAGGACGAGCAGCAACGGUUUGAAGCUCGACCUGACGGAGAACACGCCAGGUAGCUCGUUGUCACGGCUACCGAACUUGGUCGAGCAUGCGGAGACCUGUCAAGCUCUCGCCAGCGGAACCGGUGAGAAUUUAAGUAGCAAACUGCCGAACGUGGUCGAAGGCUCGAUGGACUAUGGUAGCGAGCGCAGAUCCUCCCGGUACCUCGAGUACCAAGACGCGAAGUCGUAUCAGGACGGCCCGUCGGCCUCCGGCCUGCCGCCGUACGAGCAGACUUUCCACGAUCAAUCGACGCGGGGCUAUAAGAGUUACGAUCGGAAACCGUACGACAGGGACGAUAUCGACCGGUACGAUAACAGAAUUUAUCCGGAGGACAACUUGAGGUACGAACGUCGGGGGGAUCAGAGAACGUAUCAGGAGUCAGACUUAGACGCUCCGUACGAGAGGAACGAUGCCCAGAAGCUCAGCAGGAAUUAUCCCGGCGAGCUUCAAGAGCCGGGCGGCAGGCGGUACUCGAGAGAUCUGACCGAUUACGAGUACGCGUCCAGAUACGCGGAGGAGACGUUGAAGCUCGAACCGAAGAAAGAUCACCAUCAUCAUCAUCAUUCGGGUAAGGUGUACGAGCCGACACCGUCAAAGGGUUACGAAUCCGGGGUGAAGACCCACGACUCCGCUUAUGAAUUGUCCUGCGCCGCGCAGCAGGAUCUCUCCAGUAGAAAGUAUGAGAGCAAGUAUCACUCCGUCAGUAAGAUGUACGGGACCCUGCCCAGGUACGAGAGCGGCAAGUCCUACGAUCCUAGAUCGUACGACUAUGAGGAUCAGGCUUACGAGACCAGUGGCAAGGGAUACGACUCCAAAUACGAGUUGACCAGUUCUAAAAGCUAUGAGAGGGCUAAAUGCGAGGGUUCCUCGUCCUCGAGGUAUCAAGAUAAGUCGUACGAUCAGACGCUGAAGAUUGGCGAGUUGGGCUCCUCUUCGUCUGCCGCUUAUACCAGAAAGACUCAGGAUCAGGAGGAAACUAACGCGGAGAAAAUGAACGGAUACAGGAAGAACAAUUUCGAGGCGUACGGUGUUUACUCGGAUCCCGAGGACGAUCACGGAUUUCUUGCUGAGAAAAAGACGCCGCAGUAUCCGUACAAGGGUGUAGUGGUAAACGCGAGCGGGGAGUCAAGCGUCAUUGACCAGAAACGGGCGAAGGAUAGUAGACAAACGGAAGUCGUAGGAAACCCGUGGUGCAGGCCUACAAUACUCUUGCUGCUGUUGGUUCUCCUUGUCGUUAUCUUCGUGUUCGUCGCUGGAAUCCUUCUGUACUUAAACUACAUGUCCUACAAGCCCCAGCGUCCCAUUAUCGAGGGUAAGGAUCAAAAUUUCGCCAGUAAUAACGCCGAACCUUGUGAGAAGACCUACUGUUCUUGGGGUGCGACAUGCGUGGUAUCGGAGAACGGUAAACCCUUGUGCCAAUGUCCACCUGAUUGUCCUUCGACUUCGGAACCGGUUUGCGGCUCCGACAACGUGACCUACACCAACUAUUGCCACUUACGGAAGACCAGUUGUCUCGAGAGAAGGAACACGCGAGUGAAGAAUCAAGGCAUCUGUGAAAUCAAGGAUCCGUGCGCGAAAUUAAAUUGCACCCAGGGUUCGCAAUGCGUGCGAAGCCGGGACGGCAGCGAGGCCACCUGCGAGUGUUUGGAAUCCUGUCCGAAUUUAGGGGAUCACGAGGGAUCGGGCCCUGUCUGCGGCACAGAUGGGAUCGACUAUCCGUCCCUAUGCGAAUUGAACAGAGCUGCCUGCGCCAAGGGUGCUAAUAUUACAGUGGCGUUCCAAGGAAAAUGUGAUCCUUGUGCUAACGUGGAGUGCAUGGAGCCGGAAAUCUGUCAGCUGGACGAUUCGAGGAAACCUGGUUGUCGUUGCGGCGAGCAAUGCGGGCUGGAGUUCGCGCCGGUUUGCGGCAGCGACGGCAAAACAUAUUCGAACGAGUGCAGUAUGAGACAGGAAGCUUGCAGAUCGAGAUUAUCGCUCAGAAAAGUCUACAACGACCAAUGCAGUUCAGGGUUCAAUCCGUGCGACGAGGCGAAGUGUGGUUCGGACGAGCAAUGCGUGAUCAACCGGCAGGGGAUUGCCAGCUGCGAAUGCGUCCCGGAAUGCGAGCCGGUGAUGAGGCCGGUUUGCGCGCGCGGUGGCAAGACGUACACGUCGCUAUGCGAAUUGAAACGGCAGGCUUGUUUAACAAAGACCAACAUCGAGCUCGCCUACACAGGGAUCUGUGGCUCCAAGGGGCCCUGCUCCGAGAAGAUCUGUCAGUGGGGCGCAAUUUGCGCGGAAAUCGGUGGCACGGCGAUUUGUGAAUGUCCAACUUGUCCGGCGCAAUUUCAACCAGUUUGCGGUGAUGACGGCAUCAGUUACGGAAACGAGUGCAAACUUCGCCUCGAGGGCUGUAAACAUCGACGAGAGAUCCGUGUGCUCUAUCAGGGACUUUGCAACGGAUGCGAGAAGAAGAAGUGCGACUUUUAUGCAGAAUGCGAGAGCGACAGCGCUGGCGAGGCCAAAUGCGUGUGUCCAAGUAAAUGUGAGAGCUCGGGAAAAGAGCCUGCGGACGCGGAGAAAGUUUGCGGUUCUAAUGGAGUAACUUACGCCAACGAGUGUUCUUUGAAAAUGGCCUCUUGUACUUCUCAAAUACACAUCGCACUCAGUUACAUGGGCGACUGCGAACUCUGCGCGAAGGUUGAAUGUGAUCACGGUGCUCAUUGCAUGGCUGGCGUAUGCGUGUGCCCGGACGAGUGCCCCGAGAGCAAUGGAAAUCCUGUGUGCGGUAGCGAUGUGAAAACUUACCCGUCGGAGUGCGAAUUGCAAAAGGCAGCUUGUGGAAGGGACCCGAAAUUACCGGUGCUGCACGUGAUAUUCAACGGCGAUUGUGGCGAACGAUUUGCUGUAGCAGCACUCACCACGAUGUCAACGCCUGCGGUGGUUCGACUGGCCACCACAACCAUCGACGUGACCAGCACCCAGGUACGGGAGGUGGUCUGUAAGAACAUAAACUGCGACUUUGAGGCGACUUGCGAACUGGGCCCGGACGACUACCCCAGGUGCAGCUGCAAGUUCGACUGCGCCUCGAUCUCGCAGGAAAAUAUGCGGCCCGUUUGCGGCAGCGACCUAAGGAUCUACUCGUCCCUCUGCGCGAUGAAAAUGGAGGCCUGUCAAAGGCAGCAAGAGCUGAGAGCCAGACCUCUCGAGCUUUGCAAAGGUAUGGAAGUGAAGCCUUGUAGUGGUGAACCUCCAUUGGUGGAUGCUGAUGGGAAGGAAUAUGAUUGUGGCAACGGUCCAGAACGAAGGGACUGCCCGAGCAAUAGUUACUGCCAUCAGACGAUACGAUUAGCUCGAUGCUGCAAGAAAGAAACCCAGGUCGUAAAAUGUUCGAACUCUUGGCACGGAUGCUGUCCGGAUGGCAAAACGGCGGCUCGAGGACCGAACGGUGCAGGUUGUCCGAGUUCGUGCGGCUGCAACAAGUUAGGCAGUGUUUCUGAUACCUGCAAUCCGCAGACUGGACAAUGCGAGUGCAAACCAGGCGUAGGUGGUCUGAAAUGCGAUAGAUGCAUGCCCGGUUAUUGGGGUUUGCCAAAAAUCAGCGAGGGGCUCCCGGGAUGUAUACCGUGCGGCUGCUCGCUGUUUGGAGCCGCCAGAGAGGACUGCGAACAGAUGACCGGUAACUGCGUUUGCAGAAAGGAUACGCAGGGCCAAAAGUGUACCAUUUGUAUCGAUCAUAACAAGAUUUUAACACCCACUGGUUGCUAUUCAGCGGACACUACACCGCCGAUACCAACGUCCUGCAACGAGCUGGAAUGCUACUCCGGCGGUCAGUGCCAGGAGAUCGGCGGCCCGCACUGCAUCUGUCCGUCGUCCUGUCCAUCGGACGUACCGUCGGUGCCGGUUUGCGGUAGCGACGGACAGACAUACGACAACGAGUGCGAGCUAAGGCUUUACGCUUGUCACCACCAGGCAGACGUGGUCACGCAGGCCUUUGGUCACUGCAGAGACGAUCCCAUGGUGAAUACGGACUUCCCAGUAAAAAGGUACACAGCGGUGCAAUACACUCAGCCGGCGGCCGCUAUUUCUCCCUUAUCGAAAUCUACCAGGCAUCUGGUGUCGGAACCGGAUCCACGAUAUUAUUACACUCAUCGGGCGCAUCAAGAAACCAUCACCAUUGACAGGGAUAAUUUAAAGCACGGAGUGGCAACGGCGUAUCGGCCGACACCAGCCACGAUUCGCGUGGUCACUGCGCUGCUCGGCGAUCUAUGCACCGACGACAAGGACUGCACCAUUCCAAAUAGCGAAUGCUCGAACGGAGGUUGCAUAUGUUCAGAAGGAUACGCUGAAACUUUUGAUGGCCGAGAGGGAAAGAAUUAAAUUGACCCGUUUGCAGCUAAUUACGUGCCCGUUACGCCGACCGAGGAAUUUCGUGCCUGCCUGUCGUAUCCGUGUCACGCGACGUCGACGUGCAUGGAUCUGCCCAGCGCGACAUUCGUUUGCAUCUGUCGUCCAAAUUACACCGGCCUAUUAUGCGACGAGGAGAUCAACAAAAGAGAUUACGAGGUGCCGUCGUUCGACGGGAAAAGCUACGUCAGGAUGAACAGAUUGAAGGCUUACCACAAGUUCAGCGUCGAGGUCGAGUUUAAGACGUACGCCGACAACGGGAUUAUACUUUACAACCAACAGAAGAGCGACGGCACUGGGGACUUCGUCUCAUUAGCUAUCGUCGACGGACAUGUACAGUUCCGAUAUAAUUUAGGGAACGGCCCUGUAAUUCUUACUUCUCCUGAGAAAGUCAGCAUGAAAAUGUUUCAUCGCGUGGCAGCGAAAAGAUAUCACAAAGACGGUGUUCUAAUUUUUAACGACGGGGAAAAUGUCGCCGGUGAAAGUCAGGGGAUGUUAAAAUCACUGGAUCUGAACCAGGAAACGUUCAUCGGGAAUAUGCCUACAAAUCAUUCUAAGGUUUACGAGAACAUCGGUACCAGUCACGGUUUCCUCGGAUGUAUAAGAAAAAUGAUAAUAAAUCGGAACUUCGUCGAUCUUCACGUGGGUCACGAUAAGGAGAUUUUGGAGACGUACCGCGUGAAAGAGUGCGGGGAGAACGCGUGCGCCAAUCUUCCCUGCCAGAACGGUGCUACUUGCCAGCCGAUCUUCGAGGAAGAUUUAUGCAACGGUCGCGAGUGCAGGCGAAUUCAAAAACGUGGAAGAAAUAAGAAUAAGAACGGCAUGAACAUCGUCAGAUGCAGAGGCUCGCACUGCACGUCCAUCGAUCAGCACCGGUCGAAGAAGAGCGCGAGGAGACGAUGCGAGACUUCCAAGUGUGAUUACGACGACGAUUACGAAAGCAACUUCGAGCACGGAAAUUACGCCGUGGAGAAGUACGAUCCGCCAGAUUACAGAUGCAUCUGUCCGCCUCAAUUCACCGGCAGAGACUGCGAGGAAUCGUUGGAUCCGUGCAUAGGCGAGCCUUGCCAGCACGGUGCCACUUGCGAUAUCCUCCCGCAAGGCGGUUACGUCUGCAAGUGUACGCCUGGAAGGACUGGAGAGCAUUGCGAAAUACUUGACGCGGAACUCACGGAGCUGUUGGUACCGAAAAUGUCCGGCGACGGUUUCCUCGAACUGCCAUGCCUGGAAGGGGUCGCAAAGGCUUUCUCUAUUGAAUUAUGGUUUCUCACGCAUGCCAGCGAAGGUUUGCUACUUUAUAACGGGCAAUUGAACAACGGUCGCGGCGAUUUUAUAAGCCUGAACCUGGUUCACGGCAGACUGGAGUUUAGAUUUAAUCUCGGAAGUGGUAUUGCCAAUAUCACUUCUCCGGAUCUGGUCACGCUCGACACUUGGCAUUGUGUUCGGAUCAGUAGACUGGGCAGAGAGGGUGUUCUCCAAUUGGAUGAUGGCACAGUUGCUAGAGGAUUAUCCGGAAGUUCUUUAACCGAGCUAAACUUGGAAAUGCCUCUCUACAUUGGCGGUGUCAAACAUUGGCGAGAGGUUCAUCGACUUGCUGGUGCUCGGACUGGAUUAGUAGGCGCGGUGCAAAGGCUGAUGGUGAAUGGGAAAACGUAUCAGAAUUUAGCUGUUAACGUUACGCAACACAAUACGGAGAUUUACGAUGGACUGCCGUGUCCCAGUAACGAAAAUCCUUGCCACAAUGGUGGAGUAUGUCUACCUCUGCUAAACAGCUACUUAUGCAAAUGCGUCAGCGGUUAUAACGGCCUCCAUUGCGAAUUUUUCAUGGGUUACGACAUACAAACGGAAUUAUCUGAGAGGCCAGUACGCUUUAAGGGCGAUAAUUUCUUACAAUUUAGACACCGAAACGGAAGGAGUACUAACUCGACUAAUACUACCCUCGGCGAGUACUUUGAGGAGUCCUACUCCGACUACGACUUGGAUGAGGAUGUCGACUACGAUUACGACAGUUACAAUUACACGGAGCGGAAGGGUCAACAAUCCAAUAAGUUCGAACUGAGAUUGAGGACGACACACGCGAAUGGACUGAUUGCUUGGAUCGGAAGAGGAAAAGUGGAACAUCUUAUUCUGUCGUUGCACGACGGUCAAGUACUUCUCACGUACAAAAACAAGAAGGAGCAGAUAUCUUUGAGGAGUAGAGAAAGAGUGGACGACGGUGUUUUCCAUCACAUUGUAGCGUCCAGAAGACGGACGACGUCGAUGAUACAGAUCGACGACUACGCUCCGGUUAAGAUAACAACGGAGACGAUCCUGCUGACCACGAACGGGAAAUUGUUCGUCGGAGGUAAACCAGGCCACCGCGGCAUCAAAGGAUGCGUGUCGGACUUCGUCGUGGACAAACGGCGACUUCAGCUAGCUAGACGGAAGAUCGAGUACUGUCACGACAACGAUGUAUGAUAACGAAUCCCGGAAACGACGAUUGUCAACGUGACAUCGCCCCUGGCCGCGCUCGUCGACUGGACGACGCUCCUGUCUUCGACGAGUUAGCACCAGUCUAAAAGUGGACGAAGGCGCACGUGAAGGAAAAUGGUUUGCGUUUGGUGUUCGUUUCUGGGUGAUGGAUAAAGGAAACGAUGGUCUGGAACAGUUAUAAGGGAAACAGGAAGGGAGCUAGGCUCGAAGUCGACGAGGAGACACGUGAUUCCUGCCAAAGCUUUACGAGAGUACAUGGACACUCCGUGGGAAAGGAACGUCGAUCGCACCACGGGAAGGAUAAACCGCGGAUCCAAUAAUGUAGCAACCUAAUUCGUACGUUUAUUUUUCAUUCAAGAUAGCGUAGAGAAACAAAGUUCGCUGUUUCGUUCUUGAAACGCACGACAGGGGAGGAGACGAAUAAAAUGAAGAACCGCGUUAAAUGCUGAACGUUCUUAUCUGAGGACAAUAAUAUAUUUUUAAGGUGACGAGAUAUAAUAUACAUAUGAGCAUAUGUAUAAUGUAUGUAGGAAGAAUUUAACGCGUAUACGUAUAAACGGGACGGGAGGAAAAAAGUAACUGUAAAGCAACAAAUUGAGAAUUUGUGAACGAAGAGGAGAGCUGAAGCGGGUGUGAUGAAACUCAUCGAUAAUCGUUAGACGUUACUGUAUAAGUUAAUAUUAUAUAUCGAAGCACCUAUAAAUGUUUUACGAUGCCAAGACUGAUUAAAGAGAAAAUGAAAGAGAAGACGGUAGGAGGAGUUUAAUGAUACGGAGGAGUUUAAUGAAAAUAUCUAAAAGAGACGAAACGAAUAAAUAAAUAAACAGAUCGAUAAAUCGGUGUUAUGUUUGAGUGUUUCGGUAGAGAGAUUUAAAUGAUCGUGCAUUAUCAGAAUAUAGAAGAAUGUAUUUUAAAGGACUUGUUGAUUUAUGCCAGUAGAGAGAAACAAUAAGAGGAGGAGACGUGCAAGAUGACGAACGAUGAAUAAAUUAUUCCCACAUAUGUACACACACGCGCGUACACGAAACACACGCACGAAUAUAAAGAAGAAAAUAUACCAACAGAUACGCUGUACAACGUUGUUUCUAGGCAGACAAGGCUUUUUACAAAUGCACAAAGGAAUAGAUAUAUAUAUAUAUAUAUAUAUAAAUAUAAAUAAAUAUAUAAAUAUAUUAUAUAUAAUAAUUAUACAUACGAUAUUACGCAGAAUACAUUCCAUUUAAUGGACACCGAAGCGUAAAAGAUAUUAUCUAAGUAUCACGGUGAAUGUAUAUCGUCGGACGAACAUCGACGUCCUUGUUACAUUUCGAACCGGUACCACAAAAUAGAGAAUGUAUCGAGCUUGCCUCGAAGACACUCCGUUUCCGUUCGACAAUCCGCAACACACUUGCACGUGAAAUGGAUAUACAGUUUACUCUGACAAAGAGAAGGCGUAUUGAACGCGAUCAUGUUUCUCCUUAAUAUACAUAUAUAUAUAUAGUAUAUAUAUACAGGGUUUGUAGAAACGGCGCUGAUCUGCUGAUUCAUUUAAAUGUAAACGGACUAAAUUCAAGGAGAAUUGCAUCGAACGUCCGAGAGUGAUGAAUCAUUUCUGCCGAUUAGGAUAAUUGUAUAUUCGAGUCCCGGUUCUUCGAUGAUUUGAAGGAAAACUACGAACGGAGAGGAGAACGUGUCCUCGUGAUACUUUCUGAUUACUCAGCCUAAUUUGAUUAUAUUCCGGAAACGAUUCGAACUCUCGGGACAAGGGUAACGAUAAAAUAAAUAUAUGAUAAUACGUGUCGCUUGUGUGUAAUCGAGUGAACAACGCGAAGGAGUGUCUGAAUGAAACCUGACGUGUGCGUGGAAAAGCUAGAUACCGUUUCGGGAUGCACUAAUUGUACAUAUAAUUGACGUACGCUAUGAUCUACGAGCUGAUUAUCGUUUUAUUAUCAUGUACCAAGAACACUCGCAAUAACGCGGGCGCACCUGAAUCUGUCGGACCUAAAAAGAAGAAAUCGUCGAUACGAGCUAAUUGUAAUCAACUUUAAUGGUUCAUCGAAUCCGCCUUUUUCAACGAAUUUUUUUUUUUUCUUUCAUUCAUCCUCCGUCAUUCGUGAAAACGAAAAUGCGUCCAAUUCAACGUGUUCUUCCUUUGCUCGUUAAUCCCGAUCGUUAUACUUGGACGAUCACGACGAAUAAUCGUCGAAGAGAGCCUAAAAUUUCAGUCGUUAAUGACGGCAGCUGAUCCGUCGCGGAAUGAGACGCUAUCGAAGAAUUUGUUCAUUCGUCUCGUCGAACGUUUCCAGCGUUGCUCGAAUGAACGGACGUUUGAUUUUCAAGUGGCCGCGAAACGAAUUAAUUGCACUGGCAAUAUAAAGUCGAGAACGGAGAAUCGAUUGUAGCUGGUAUGAUUAUUUUUCGAAUGCACCGCGUUGAGUAAAAUUCGGGUCUUAAGCGCACGACACGAUACAUAUCCCUGAAACAUAUAUAAGUUUAUAUAUUUAUAAAGUUCGCCGACGUCACGAUUGACGUGUAAAUAAGUGGCCAUUUUUGUCUGGAAAUGUUCGACGCCGCGGUUGUUUACGUGAUUCUAAACGAGACGCAGGCGAGUCGACCAAAAACUUUUUAAUCAUUUGAAAGAUACGCGUAAACGUCGAUUCCCAAACCUCGCUGCUAUGACGAAUCGUUGGGUGUUUUUUAAAACGAAUCUUUUUCAUUGCGUUCGUUCAUUCCGAAGGCACGCGCUUAUACAACUUUUAUAAAAGUACCGCUUAUUCUCUGAUAUAAUUAUAACGUUCCAACGUAAUCAUAUCUCUGUCAUAUCGAUCGAUCGACCGCGGUCGGUCGAUGAGCGAGGAGAAAAGUUUUGAGAGCGGUUAUUCUUGACUAAUUAAGCGUUGACUAUACGUAAAUUGUUCCUCGUUAGUAAGAAUUCGAAUUACCGCGAGCAAUAUCGUCACAUAUCCUUCCUCUUGAAAUGUGAUUCUUCAUAUUCUUCCAAUGAAUAUCGCCGUUUAACAUAUCGAAACGAAUUUGUGGCCAGUAAUUUUAGAGAGAACAAUGAGAGGCAAACAUAUUCCACCGCAACAGACUAUCGGACACGUUUUGCCUGUGUCACGCACUAUCCGCCUAUGUCAAGAACAAAUUAUCCGCUUCGAACGUCGGCGUUGUUGCUUUCGUAAACAGAAUAUCGUGUUCAACGGAAAAACAUAAGGGACAUGAACUCGAAACAUAUAAUUAUAUUUAUAUUGGAUAUAUUUAAAUUUAUAAGCAAUAAGGGAGAAAUUUUUAGUUAUAUUAUAUGUACAUUAAGUAUUAAACAAAAUUUCGACUGAAAUAAUUUCUUGUGCAUCGUGACAACUUGCAUUCGAGAAACAAAAGGAAGGUGAAAUGGACACGACUUAUAAUUUUUAAGUAAUGUUAAUUUCAUCCUCAUUGUCAAUCAGAAUUUUUAAGCCAUAAUUUGUGGUAGAAUACGAACGAGCUAGCCAAUGCGCGGAGAGGUAUGUCAUUGUAAAGAAUAAUAAAAUGUACAACGUGUAAUUGACGGGAUGAUACGAAAUAAUAAAAAUAUCAUCUUACUCGUUUGAUGAAUCGAGAGAAAAUUCACGAUGCUCGUGUAACUGAAGGAGAAAUGAAUUAACAUCACACGUAAAAGCUGAGAAGGGAGGAAGGAUUUCAAUCGAUGCCUGAAAAUUACUGCCAAUUUAGAUAGAGAUCCUAGGAUCAACGUUUCUCCCUCCUGAAGCUUCCCGUGACCCGAGACAAUUAUUUAUCAAACAAUUUUGGGACAUUUAUUGAAACGGGAGACACUGUUGUCUCGAUGAGAUCACGAUGCGAGUGAAAGAUGAAAAUUUCGACUUCCGUUUUGCGUAUAAAAACGUUUAGUGUCAUUUAUUUUGCACAGAAGUGAAGAGACACCCAUCGCGGUAAGGCGUUCGUUUCAAUAAGUUUAUUUUUUACUUUGAUACCGUCUUUACUGCGACCAUUCGCCCUUCGCUGACCUAAAGUAUUCGUGAGCUACACUGUAUAACAAAAAGUAUGCGUUGUAAAGUGACUGUAUAUACAAAUAUAAAUUAUGCGAUUA